UCAGCACUUCCUGGUGUUUUCAAACUGGAUGUCACAGCGGCUCUGAGCGGUUUGUCAAACAAGUCCAAAGUUGUCUCGACACGGGAGGAGGAUGAACUCCAAGACGAGGAUACGGCAGCUGUGUGAAGUGUGUACGCUGUGUGAACAUCGUUUUACAAAAUGAUUAACGGACGUAGUGUUUUCAGCGGCUAACGGGCGGCGGUAACACGGGACGCUGCUGUAACACAGGACGGGCUAGCUGCUCCGCUAGCUGCUCUGCUAGCUGUUAGCCAGUUAGCUCGCUGCUAGCAGACUGAACUGUUACUGCUAGUUAGCAUCGAGUGUUUGAAACAAGCUUCAAGUUUUUAGCCACAGACACGACUGGGAGGACCGUGAGAGCUCCGGAGAGGACGACAUGGAGAACAAGGACAAAGUACAGAUGAGGAAUAACCCUCGCAGACAGUUGAAGAAGCUGAGUGAGGACAGCCUCACCAAGCAGCCGGAGGAAGUGUUUGAUGUCCUGGAGAAGCUGGGUGAAGGGUCGUAUGGCUGUGUGUUUAAAGCCCAUCAUAAAGAGACGGGGGAGAUCGUAGCCAUCAAACAAGUUCCAGUGGAGUCAGAUCUUCAGGAGAUCAUCAAGGAAAUCUCCAUCAUGCAGCAGUGCAACAGUCCUCAUGUGGUGCGAUACUACGGCAGCUACUUCAAAAACAGUGACCUGUGGAUUGUUAUGGAAUACUGUGGAGCCGGAUCAGUUUCUGAUAUCAUCCGAAUACGCAACAAGACGCUAACAGAAGAGGAGAUAGCGACCAUCCUGCAGUCCACCCUGAAGGGUCUUGAGUAUCUUCACUUCAUGAGAAAAAUCCACAGAGACAUCAAAGCAGGGAACAUAUUGCUGAAUACAGAGGGCCAGGCCAAACUGGCCGACUUUGGAGUUGCUGGACAACUGACGGACACCAUGGCGAAGAGAAACACAGUCAUCGGCACGCCGUUCUGGAUGGCUCCAGAGGUCAUACAGGAGAUCGGCUACAACUGUGUGGCUGAUAUCUGGUCUCUGGGGAUAACAGCUAUAGAGAUGGCCGAGGGGAAGCCUCCCUACGCUGACAUACAUCCCAUGAGGGCUAUCUUCAUGAUCCCCACCAACCCUCCACCAACGUUCAGGAACCCAGAAUUGUGGUCUCCAGCAUUUAGAGAAUUUGUCAGCCAGUGUUUGGUGAAAAACCCAGAAAACAGGGCGACUGCCACACAGUUGUUACAGGAUCCGUUCAUCAAGUCAGCCAAGCCCAGCCCCAUCCUCAGAGCGCUGAUCACAGACGCCAUGGAGAUCAAACUGAAGAGACAGGAGGAGGCUGAACAGAGAGAGCAGGAUGCAGAAGAUGAUGACAAUUCGGACGAGGAUGAGGUGGACCAGGGGACGAUGGUGCGGGCGGGGACAGGCGACUCAGGAACUAUCCGGGCCGCUGGAUCAUUAGCAAGUUCACUCGGCGGUACGGCUCGGACUAUGAUCGCACACGACGACACUGGAACCAUGCAGUCACAGCUGGGCACCAUGGUCAUCAACUCCGAUGACGAGGAUGAGGAAGAAGCCGGUACCAUGAAAAGGAGAGACGAGACGAUGCAGCCGGCCAAGCCGUCCUUCCUCGAGUACUUUGAGCAGAAAGAGAAGGAGGCCAACAGUCACAAUGAUGGAGGAAGAGGAGUAAACAACGCAGACAACCGCAAACCGUCCACUGAAGCAGACCUUGAGGUGGUGAGUUCGUGGACGGUGGAGGAGCUGCGGCUGCGUCUGGCCUCUCUGGACCCUCAGAUGGAGCAGGAGAUCGAGGAGAUCCGUCAGCGCUACCAGACCAAGAGGCAGCCCAUCCUCGACGCCAUCGAGGCCAAAAAACGACGGCAGCAGAACUUCUGAGAAGGAACUGCCGAGUUGUCACGGCAACAACUGGAUGUUUUAUCUCUUUAUGUUCUCUGCAGCAGUUUGGUGAAAUGUCACGAAGACAUUUUGAAAACUGCACGAAGACUUCUGAUGAUGAUGACUGCUGAAGAACUUCCAAAGAGCUGAUUGACAGAAUAUUAAUGACAUUCAUUUGAUUUAAGACCCACAUUCUCUUUUUCUGCCCGUUUGAGAGUCUUCAAGGACAUUUUUGUGUCUCUGGAUUAACAGUUGAGGAAAUGGCAAAGUUUAAUUUUGGCGCCAUCAGCAGCUCAUCUGAACCUGUGAGUUUCUUUCUGUUUAUUUCAGGCAUGUUACACAGUCGUCUCAAACUGCAGUGACGAUUGUUAAAACCAGAUCUCUUUAAGUUUGUUUUACCUAAUGGUACAAUAUCAUUUAAACUGCUGACUGCUCGUCUUCGGUACUCGUGUUUCCUGUCACUGUUGCUGCUGGACUCUUAAGUGUUCCUACUCUGGAUUGAGAGAGUUUGGACAAAUCUGUAGUCUAGAACUGAAUCGUUCACUUGUCUGGAAAAGUUUGUAAAAUGCACAAAAGGUAUUGAGGUUCUAGGUACUGACAACCUCUAUUGUAAAAAGUCAGAGUUUCAAAUUCCCGUCCAAAACUAUUUGAAAAGCGAAAAAUGAAAACAAACCCUGUGAUUGCUGUCAGCCAGGAAGACACAGGAAAACACCUCCAUCAUUUAACCUGUGAAGAUGCUAAACGUCCAGGAGGUUUCUCACUUUAAACUUUGAACUCUUUCUCUUUCAAACUUGAUUAUGAAAACUAAAUUCUGUAAUUUGGUACAUGCUCCAAGGGUUUUACUUUUUACACACAGCGUUGAAUAUACUGUCAGUCAUUUGUCAUUAUUUAUCAUGUUUUAGUUCUGCAGAUACGUCUCAAAAUAGUUAUUAGACCACUGUUCUUGUCUUCUGUUGCCUGCAAAGGAAGUGAAAUUUAAAUUUUCCUCCAAACAGCAGAAAUAAUUGAAUGAAGAUGCAAGAAAAAAUGUGCUUUUCUGAUAUAGGCUGGUCUCAGCUAAUGUAAACGUCAUCUGAGUCAGAAGUUACACUUAAUACUCAGUGAUGAUGGAUUUCUAAACAAUGUUUAUUUUUCUCUGGCAGCUGAUGAAGAUUAAAACCAUAGAAAUAGAAUGAGAGCAGAACAGACAAUGAACUGUUUGUCAUGGUCAUUUUGCUAAAUUCAAAAGAAAAUGGCCGCUGCUGUUAGUUGUUAUGACCUCACGCGUCAGUGGGGCCAUGAAGCGGUUACACUCUCUACUUGGACAUACUAAUGAAUAGAAUUUGAUGAUUUCCCAAUAGAAAUACAACCAGUUAAGUCCAGCAAUCCUCAGUUCCAGUGCAGUGAGGCAGCAGAGACAAAGCACAAAGACACCUCUCCAGUCCUCAACUCCACUGCUGGUUUGGUCGUUACUGCAAAACCUCAUCUCAGUGAGUUCGUGACUUGCCGUCAGUCGGUUUGUUUGUACGGAAGUUAGCCUGCUACAACAGUUGCAAUGGCAACAGCACACAAAAACAUGGCCGCCGCUCAAUAAUUUACUGUCUCUGUUAUAUGGCAGCUGAUCCCGUCCUCUGCUCGGAGGGUAAGGAGCUCCUGAAUCUCAUUGUUUCCCAAUCUGGGGACAUUUACGGCCAUUGUUCUUUGAGUUAGCCGCUAACUGCUAAUAGCUAUCUUUUAACAUCUCUCAUGGCAGGUCGCACACGUUCUGGCUUAAGGGAAGGGACCACUCUGUCUCCCCGUGACCGCUGCGAUUGUACCUUAUAUACACCAGGGUGAGGCAGCCUUGACCAGGCACUGUAAAAGGGCCCACAGUGUUUGACACAUUAAUAAUCACUUACGUAUACAGCUUCAUUAUAGUGUGCUAUAAACCAUCUAUGAAACCAUUAAAGCGAAGUUUUACCUUUAUUUUUUACACAUUCCUCUAAUCUUUAGUUUAUUUUCUAAAUAACUGGAUACUGUUACGUCUUCAGGUCUCCGCAUUUUCACUCUUUGGUUGACCUGAUCAUCAGCUGAUGGUUGUUUCAUUUAUCACGAGCCAAAACAGUCUGGUAACGACUGUCAGAACAGACACACCUGCAUUUGAAUGUGUCAUGUGUUCGUCUCAAGCUGGAGUUUUAAUUUUCUAAUAGGUGAAAAGUUAUGAGACUGCAUAAAAGUUAAAGGGAAUUUAAUCAGAUGGAAACUUGAUUAUGUUUGACCUCCAGUGUCCUUAGUGUUUAAGUUUUUAUUUUUGUGUCCAUCAUCUAUUUUUCCUCCUCAGUAAGCUAAAAACAAAGACCUGGGUUGACAGAUUUAUGGAAUCGAUUCAACAAAGCUUUUAUUUCUUGGAUUUAUUAGUUUGAUUUGGCACUGGACGAGUUUGCCCCCCCAAAAAAAUUAUCAGGGAGCAGCAGCGACUGAAGCUGGCGUCGACCCAGGUCUGAGUCACCUUUACUUCUGACAUUCCUCAGAGCAAGUCCGCCGCUCAUUUUUCUACAUCCAGCACAAAGACAUUUAUAUUUUUCUACGUAGGUUUAGUGAUGUCAAGUUCAGAUAGAAGACAAGUUGUAGUUUUGAUCACCGAAAUGAAAACCAGCUUCUCAGGUCAUAAAGCUCCUCAGGGGUGUAAAAAUAAUGACGAGAAAUGACUGUAGAUAGUUUAGAGAUCCUUCACACAAAGAGUCUGUGUAUAUAUGAGCACCACUAGGCUGUAUUUGUAUAUUGUGAUUACAUUUGAACAGUUGAAGGUUUUAAGCCCCAAAACAAGACGCCUGUCAUUAAGUUAUAUUUAAAUAUUAAACAGUUAUCAACGAGUUCAAAUGAGCGUCUGAUGUUUUGGGGCUUCAGCUGAAAGCAAAAUGCUGUUGAAACCUCCAGACUUUGAUCUUUGUGUGCAGGACUCUCAUGUUUCUCUGUACGCAAACGGCUCAUGAGCACAAUUCAUUUUUCAUUAUCUCUUCUGUGUUACAAGCAAAACAAAAGGGAUUUUUUUUUGUCUGCCUUAUUUUGGAUGUUCUGCUGUUAUUUUUCUGAACAGUGAUCUCAUGUAUGACGCGUUGGGUUGGAAAAAAAAGUGAAAAUAUAAAAAAAUAAUGCAGCUUGAUUGUUUUAAAGUAAGAUGCUGUUUGGUGCUGUCACACUGCUGGAAAAAAUGUGAUGCAUCAGAAAUAAAGUCGUAAUCACUGGAUAUCGAACAGACAUUAAACUGUUCUGAUGUUUGGAAAUCAGUUCUAAAGGGACAGUUCACCCCAAAAUCAAAUACGCAUACUUUCCUUGUCACCUGUAGCGCUAUAUGUGAAUCUAGAUAUGACUCUAGAUUGUUUUUGUGUGAGUUACUGAGUGUUGGAGAUAUCAGCUGUAGAGAUGUCUGACUUCUCUUCAGUAUUGCAGAACUAGAUGACACUCAGCUUGUGGUGCUCAAAGUGCCAAAAAAAUACAUUUGAAAAACAUCAAUGUUUUAUAAAGAAAUCAUGAUCCAGUUACUCAAGAUAAUCCACAGACCUUGUUGUGAGCAGUUUCAUGUAGGAACUGUUUUCUUUCAACUGAACCACAUCCGACAACCUUAUCACUGUUACGGAGUUAGAACAGCAACAAUAAAUUUUGGUAUUGAAAAGAAAAUUUGGCAUUAAAAAAAAGAAACAUCUACACUGGAAAAAAAAACACUGAAAAAUAAAACACAAACAUUAAAAUUUAUUUUUGUAAUUUUUUGCAUCCUGGUGUAUUUUUAGUGACAAUCUUUUUCUAAAUGUCAUUUUUUCAGUGACAGAAAUUCAGC